GUGGGGAUCCUGCAGGAGGCAGAGGCGCUGAGUUGCCGAGUGGGCUGACCAGGUCUGUUGGGGCAGAACGGCCGCGGCCAUGGGGGGCUUGAAAGACGAACUGCUCAAAGCCAUCUGGCACGCCUUCACCGCGCUCGACCUGGACCGCAGCGGCAAGGUCUCCAAGUCGCAACUCAAGGUCCUUUCCCAUAACCUGUGCACGGUGCUGAAGGUUCCACAUGACCCCGUUGCCCUUGAGGAGCACUUUAGGGAUGACGAUGAGGGGCCUGUCUCCAAUCAGGGCUACAUGCCAUAUUUAAACAAGUUCAUUUUGGAAAAGGUCCAAGACAACUUUGACAAGAUUGAAUUCAAUAGAAUGUGUUGGACACUUUGUGUCAAGAAAAACCUCACAAAGAGUCCUCUACUCAUUACAGAAGAUGAUGCAUUUAAAGUGUGGGUCAUUUUCAACUUUUUGUCAGAGGACAAGUAUCCAUUAAUUAUUGUGCCAGAAGAGAUUGAAUACCUGCUUAAGAAGCUUACAGAAGCUAUGGGAGGAGGUUGGCAACAAGAACAAUUUGAACAUUACAAAAUAAACUUUGAUGACAAUAAAGAUGGCCUUUCUGCAUGGGAACUUAUUGAGCUAAUUGGGAAUGGACAGUUUAGCAAGGGCAUGGACCGUCAGACGGUGUCUAUGGCCAUUAACGAGGUCUUCAAUGAGCUUAUUUUAGAUGUAUUGAAGCAGGGUUACAUGAUGAAGAAAGGUCACAAACGGAAAAACUGGACUGAGCGCUGGUUUGUAUUAAAACCCAACAUAAUUUCCUACUAUGUGAGCGAGGAUCUGAAAGAUAAGAAAGGAGACAUCCUGCUGGACGAAAACUGCUGUGUGGAGUCUCUGCCUGACAAAGAUGGAAAGAAAUGUCUUUUUCUAAUAAAAUGCUUUGAUAAGACCUUUGAAAUCAGUGCCUCAGAUAAGAAGAAGAAACAAGAAUGGAUUCAGGCCAUCCACUCCACCAUCCAUCUGUUGAAGCUGGGCAGCCCCCCACCACACAAGGAAGCCCGCCAGCGUCGGAAAGAGCUGCGAAGGAAGCUGCUAGCCGAGCAGGAGGAGCUGGAGCGGCAGAUGAAGGAACUCCAAGCCGCCAAUGAAAACAAGCAGCAGGAGCUGGAAAGCGUGAGGAAGAAACUGGAGGAAGCAGCAUCUCGUGCGGCAGACGAGGAAAAGAAACGCUUGCAGACUCAGGUAGAGCUACAGACCAGGUUCAGCACGGAGCUGGAGCGGGAGAAGCUGGGCUGUGAGGAUGAAGUUAGAUGUAGCAGGUUGCUGGAGGAAGAGUCUUCUAAGAGGGCAGAGCUGGAAAAGUGGCACCUGGCGCAGCAGCAGGCCAUUCAGACAACAGAGGCGGAGAAGCAGGAGCUGGAACAGCAGCGUGUCAUGAAGGAGCAGGCAUUGCAGGAGGCCAUGGCACAGCUGGAACAGUUGGAGUUGGAGCGGAAGCAGGCCCUGGAGCAGUAUGAGGGAGUUAAAAAGAAGCUAGAGAUGGCAACACAUAUGACCAAGAGCUGGAAGGACAAAGUGGCCCAUCAUGAGGGAUUAAUACGAUUGAUAGAGCCAGGUUCCAAGAACCCUCACCUGAUCACCAACUGGGGACCCGCAGCGUUCACCCAGGCAGAGCUCGAGGAGAGAGAGAAGAGCUGGAAAGAGAAGAAGACCACAGAGUGACAGCUGUCCCAGCUGUCACCCAGUCAGUCAUAUCAGUGAGGAGUCAAGAGCUUCAUACCUGGGACAAGGACAUUGGCUUUGCUGCUUCUAGUCUCCCCUCAGGGCUCCAGCAGGGUCCUGUGCUGAGGACGCCAUGUUUACCUUCUAGCGAUGUCUCAGCUCUCCUGGCGAGAACAUAGGCACAGGUGUGGCUGGAGCCACUUCACUGUUGCCUUCUGCAGCCCUUGCAGCCCCUGGUCUCAGCCCCCCCUUGGAUGGGAGGUCAGCUGUCUCCUCCGGCAGCGCAUUCCCUCUGCCGAUUGCCUGGUCUGCUGGCCUCUUUGUGUCAGGUGUCAUGGCAAGCCUCCGCUGUUGGUGCUCUGAUGGACAAGUCACUAGUCACUGCCCUUGUGGAUGGGAUCUGGUUGGUGACUCUUCCCAGCUUCAGCUAAGAUACUUCCCUCCCUGACCAUCACACACAUGGCAUGCUUUGUUUGCAUUUUCUUUCUCCUCACCUCAAAGCAAGACUUAUCCUGGCCCAGCGUCUCAACUUAGUUCUUUGGGUGUUCUGUCCCCAGCUGCUAGUCUGUUGAAAUCAAUGGUGAUUAGAUAGUUUGGGGGUUACAUGGGCACAGUGGAAGCUGACAGAAUGUGGGCUGGUAAGAUGUAAAGGGUCACAGGAUAAUGGCCAGCCUUGUGGCUUUCACUAGGACUAUGUCUCUCUGCUUUUCCCUCCGAGGAUGACACAGAUGGUGGUUUCUGUGCUUCUUGUUUGAGGAAUGAUUUCAGCCCUAAUCUGGUCUGAGACUGAGAUGAGUGGUUGGAAAGUAAGCCUUACCACACUAGUUGGAAUCUCUAACCAGCAGUAACUCCAUGCACAGCCAAGAUGCUUUACAUUAUAAACAAGAAGGUGACCCAUGUGUUACAGAAGAGGUGGGAUUCAGAAGAGAGCAGGGAUCCCCACGGUCCUGGUCCAGCCUUGCCUCAGAGCAGGAAGGAGGCCAUUCCAGACAUGUGCAAGUCUACAGAUAGAUUCCAGCAGUCCUGGCGUCUACAUAAGGUCUGGAUAGAGUUCCAUUAAUCUCUACCUUUUAUGACUGGAAAACAUUUGCCAAUGGAAGUCUUAUCAAUUUUUCUUAAGAUUUUGGACUGCUUAAUAAAAGUAAUUUUAUUUAAUGUUUAUAGUUGCCUUCAUACAGUUUAGAUUUGUAUGCAAAGUAUCCCUGUGUCACGAACCUUCUUAGUAGAUAACUUGGGUGUAGGUUUGGACCUGGCCAUUCACUCACCUUGUUUCCUCGUCAGUGCAGCCGGGAAUCAGAACAAGGGGACCAGGGUCUCCCCUGUGGCUUGAUGAUGUCUCCUAGAGACCUCAGUGUCCUUGGAGAGAAGAGAAAAAGAAACUCCAAGAAGGUACUGGCUGGUGUGAAAUGUCUGGACGGAGGCAAGGGCCUGGGGGGUCCAGGGGAGACUGGGGUAAAGCGAUCGCCGGGUCCAGGCUGACAGAGCCUCCCUCCUUAAACCUGGACUGUCUUACAGCACAGCCAGAGGCAUGGCCCGCAGCUGCCACAGCCCUCCUUGUCUGGUCUCGAGCCUAAAUACUGCAUGCUCCCUCUGCAGCACUGUAUGGGCUGUGCAGAAGGCGUCUGCAGUCUGUAGUGUUUGUUACUGCUUGCCUCACUGGCUUCAGUAGCACUGUGACUACUGGGAUGUGAAAGUCCUUUGUAAACAGUGGGUGGGAAGACCGCACAGAUGUGAACUGUGUGACUCCCAUUUGGGCCGAUGUGCUGAUACUUGUGGGUCUCUCCUGAUACUCAAGGUGGUUUCAGCUAAGUGUCUAUAGACCGUGCCUCAUCUCUGUAAUAACUACAGGAAACGUUGGAGGUGUCUGUCUGUGUGUUCCUUGUAAUCAGCCCUUUCCUCCAACGAGAGAGGAGAUUAUUUGCAGGAAUUAUGAAUGAAAAGCAUUUGAAAAUGUUUUGGGAUCUACUAUAUUGAGAAUGAACAAAAUAUUUAUAAUUUUAAAGCAUUUUAUCUACACAUACAAUGUAAUAUGCUCUACUUCUUGGUUUUGUUUUGUUUUGCUAAUUUUUCUAAGGUAUU